UUUAGAAUAUAUUGCAGUGCAUGUGUGGUUAUUCUGCUUUUUGUGUUUUUCAGUGUACUACAGUACCUUUAUUUAGUUGUUUUAGAUGCUGAAACUCUUCCAUAACUACAGUAUGGUGACUUUAAUUUUCACUAAGUACCAGAGGUGGUCUCUGAUUUUUAUUUAAAGCACUAAUAAUAUUUGUUCAAUGUACAAUAAAUAAGUCCAAAUAAGAACUAUUUUUCUCUAAUGUGUUCUAUAUACAGUACUUUCACUUUGUAUAACAGAAUAUUUUUCACUGAUAUGUUCAAUAGAUUUUUACUUUAUAUCCCAGAAAGUAUUAUUGUUUUACAUCCCACCCCAAAGUCUAUGCAAUUUAUGAUUCUUUGAGCACCUCAGUGAGACAAUAAGAAGACACUGUCAAAAUAAGAAACAUCAAGAUCAGAUUUUAGUAUUUCAGACUGGCUUAUGACAGAGCUUUUUGUAAAUUAGUGCACCCACUAACUUUUAUGACUAAAAAGGUUAUGAAAAAUGUACUUUUAUAAAGCAAAUGCUUAUUUUAGUAUGAGUUAAAAGGAAGGAAAAGAAGAAAAGGGUCAUAGCAUUGUCUCUGUCUUUGAAAAAGUCACAUACAGUAGCUUCUUUAGCUCAUUCAUAUAUUGUUAGUCUUGUAGAUGAAUGAAGGGGAUGAUGAUUGUGUCUGGAAUGCUGCAGGGGUUGUUCUGGAUAUUGACUCAGGCUCCUGGGCAGACCGGUCACCCCUUCAUGAGGCAGCUAGCCAGGGACGACUCCUGGCUCUGAAGACUCUGCUCUCUCAGGGCUACAGUGUUAACACCCUCACGAUUGACCACGUCUCCCCACUACAUGAAGCUUGCCUAGGAGACCACGUAGUCUGCGCCCGAGCACUCAUUGAAGCCGGUGCAAACGUGAACGCUACUACAAUCGAUGGAAUAACUCCUCUGUUUAACGCGUGUUCGCGGGGGAGCGCAGCUUGCGCGGAAGUGCUGUUAGAGCACGGAGCCUCCCCUCAGGCAGCCUCCGGUCAGCCUUCGCCCAUUCAUGAAGCCUCCAGAAAAGGUAGGAGCAACUGUGUGGAGGCCUUGAUAUCCUGGGGUGCAGAUGUUGACCAUGACAUUCCUCACUUGGGGACCCCCCUCUACGUCGCCUGUUCCUCCCAGCAGCUACAGUGCACCAGGAAGCUGCUUGAUGAAGGAGCAAAUGUGCAAAGGGGUAAAUUCCUUGACACUCCGCUACACGCGGCUGCCCAGAAAAACAGCGCGGAGAUUGUCAAGCUGUUACUCGACUUCGGAGCCAACAUCAACGCCAGAAACGUGGAGCUGAAGCGGCCGGUGGAGACUGCGGCCCCCAGCAGCCUGGCGGAGCAGCUCCUGCUGCUGCAGGAAGCCACACCUUGCUCCCUGUAUCAGCUCUGUCGUCUGAGUAUCAGAAAAUUCAUGGGAAGAUCCCGGCUGCAUCUCAUUCCACAACUUCCGCUGCCAACAAUACUGCAGAAGUUCUUAAAGUACCGAUGAAUCACCUCUGGAAAAAAAAAUGCUACACUCUCAUUCUAAUCUAGAAGACUUACCUCUAGUGCACAGAGAAAUGUUAUUGUAGAAUUUUACAACCUUACACAGAUAAACAUUUUAAUGUGUGCAUGUACAGUAUAGAGCUAGAAUUAUUUUACAGAAGCAGAGAUACCAGAAUAUCUGUUGUACAAAAUGUAGAAGCUGACAGUCUGUAAUACCCCUUACUCUCCUCAAACUGACAUUUCUAUUUUGCCUCUUUUCACACACACCACUUCACACAAACACACCACCAAACACAAUUCAGUUUCUUCAGUUUUUAUUUCAGUUGUUAGUAGGUUAGUACCUUUUCAGCAAGCAUCUAUCGCUGUCCACUCAUGAGGAAUAACUCUCAGUCAGUGUUUGUAAACUAACUCUGUCUUUUGAAUGCCUUACCAUGCUCUUUCUACCAGAAUGAGCAAUAUAUCUUAAGAGACAUAAUGCACGGGGAAACAGAGUAAUUCUGCAGAAUAAUACAGCUGGUAAGCAUAUUUUAAAAAGUUUAAGAUGACCUGGCAUACAGUAUAAAGUUUUUUUUUCUUCAGUUUUACACUUGGUGGCAUAUUCUUAAUUCUGGGACUUUUUUGCAAAGUGAACUUCUAAAACUAAAUGCUGUAUAUCAUCAUACUUUCAUUGUCCAGAAUGCCUUACUUUCUGAUUAUAUCAAACUAACUGUUGGCUUAUACUGUAUGUAAAAGAGUGUCUAUAAUAUAUUAAUACAUAAAGACUUUUUUCAGAAGAUGAAUAUGCUUUGCUUCCAGCAUGAGCUUUUAGCAAUUAAGACAGAAGAGCCCAAUAAACUUGAUCAUUACUUUACUUUUAAACACUGAUAGUUUUAUAUUUCUAUUAUUUCGUAAUAAAUAUUUUUUUAUUUUGUAUUGUAUUAAUAUUUAAGUUAAGGUGUUGCUUCAUUAUAUUUUGUAAACAUUAGAUAUGCCAGAGUCAUACAAAAUUGAAAUGCAGAAUGAAAUUCAAAAAAAGAAAUACAUUUUUCUACAUUUGUUUUGUUAGAUGCAUUUAAUUUAAUUGCAGAGGCUGUCUGAAGUCCUGACAAGCCACAUAGCUCAUGCAGGAACACAAUAUACAGUACAGUCCUGCACUUUCAGAUUUUACUGUACGUUCAUUCAGGUUUAAAGAAUACAGCUACUAAAGCCCCCCUAAUGGAGCAUCGUAACUUUGUAGUCUCUAUGCCUGAAAAGAUUGAUCAUGAUGUACAAUGAUCAAUGGAGUACAUUAGUUUGUACAUUUUUUCCAACUUAUGUCUAAAUAGACAUCUAAAUGUGUACAAAUAAUUGGUACAAUUGACUGAAGCAACAAAGAAUUGAGAUUAGCAAGCAUCAGCUUUAGACUCUGUCAUAUUUUUGUUUCCAUGCAUGAUUACUAUAUUCAAAACUGUUCAGUCAGUCAGACCUACAGGCCCUGUACUCUCUGGCUUGUCAUUGUUGUGUCUUGCUAAGAUCAGAGAUGGAGGCAACAUUUCAAUGUAGAACAGUCCUCCUUAAUUUUGGCGUUUUUUCUUUGAAAUCAGAAAUAAUGACACUUAAUGAAUUAAUAAAUGAAUUUGAAUAUAAAGUAUUAAGUGACUCAUUUGUGAUAAAAAUACAACAGCACAACAGAGAGAUUUAAGGAUUACACCAGAAGAAAGCAAGGGGAAUACAUUAUUUUACAAUUUAACUGAUAGACAAUCAAAUGAUGUUAACAUUUCUGUGAUUUUCAGUUCUAAUGAUGUACUAACAGUUUUUCACUAAAUGUAUGCAUUUUUUUUUCUUUUUUUAAAUAAAGAGCCUACCAUUAAACCUC